AUGUCGAACCUCAAGUAUUCCGUGACUGCUUCGUCUCCUCUAUCAACCCAAAUCAAUCGAACGACUUCAUCACCUUCACCACAAAAGAAGCAGAAGAUGUCUUUGUCUCAGACUUAUAUGCUGGCCCACACUGCCAGGAGCAAGCUCUCCAAGGAGGCUUCCCGAGCUGAUCACAACCUCCGCCGUCUCGUUGGUCACGCCAACAUGCUCGACGAUCUCAUGCUCGACCUCGCCAACGCCGAAGAGGAGCAAGAGAAUUGGUUCAACCAGAGCGUCCAGAGUGCCAAGAAGGUUUCCCAUGAGCCCAAGCACAUCCAAUGGGCUGCAUCAAUCCCAGAAGAAGCUGUCGACGAGGAGGAAGCUUCAGACAGCGAGUCAGAUGACGAGGACUACCAGGUCGCUCAACAAAUUCCAUUCCGCAAGGUUGCAAAGACACCACCUCCACCACCAGCAGCGGCGGAAGACUCGGACGACGAAAUGGAGGAUGAUGAUGACUACGAAGAUGAUCUUGCCCUGACUCGAACCUUUUCUCACCCACCAGAGCUCAUGCACGAGGAUUCCGACUCAGAAUCAGAGGACGAAUCAAUGCCACCGUCCCCGCCCCCCACUGCCGCCAUGUCCUUUGAGGCUUUCUCGGAAAAGCAACGACAAGCGAUCGCCACCACAUCAUUCUACCAAUCAGAAAAGUCGUUACCGCAAGCCGAUACUCUGGGGGGGCCGCUUUCUUGGUGCCUACGCUCUCCGGACACGGACGGAUUUCUGACCGGUUUCACAAAUAAGGAUUUGGGAUUUGGCAAAAGUCGGGGAUAG